AAAUAAAGAAAGCAGCCGUCAAAAUUGGCAUAUUUAAAAUAUUUUUACGCCUUUAUUGCAUUUAAUUUUAUUGUGCUUUUUCGAAUCGAAACUACACGAGGAGAGUUUUAUAAGGAAGAGUGAUUCCAUUAAUUUCUAUUCACGGUAUGGCGCCCUGGGGCUGGGAAUGCCGAUCGAGAUUGAUAAAACAAGUGACGCCGAAACCGGUGGAAAAACGUGGUGUCGCGAAAGUAGAGCUACCAGGACCGGCACACUACGACUCCCCUAACAUAUUCUGUGGUCGUGGAUAUUCAAAAAUAAAGCGAGCCCCGGCAUAUAGUUUUGGAUUAAGUAUUCCAGUCAUCACAUCCAAACCAGCAGCCAAACCUAAUGCUCCUAUAUUUAACGUGUCUGGAUUGACACGGAAAGGUCGAUCCAAAAUACCUCAAGGUGUAAUGAGCAUGCUAUCUGAACCUAUAGGCUAUGGUAGAAAGCCAGGGCCUGGUCAAUACGACCCACACGAUCAAAUCAAAAAAUCUCCCGCUUAUACUCUACAACCACCUGCAAAAGAAUUUAAAGAACCAUGGGAUAUGUGGACCCCAGGUCCAAACAUGUACUGCCCGCCAAUACCCGCUAAAAGGGAACCGGCAUACUCUUUUGGGUAUCCGCAAAGACUUCUCAAAGCCUCAGAUUUUCCAGGGCCUGGUGAACAUGAUCCUAAAUUCGAAUACGUGAUGAAAGCGAAACCUGCAUUUUCUUUUGGUUAUCCUUUCAGAAAAGUACCAAUGUUUCAGAAUCCAGCUCCGAAUACGUAUUGCGAAAAAAAAUUCAAACUUUGGAAAAAGACCGUACCAGCUCCUUCAUUUGGUAUUCGCCAUUCUCCAUACGUAGGUCGACAAGAAGAGUAUUUGAAGUCUUCAAAGCUAGACCUUCUCUUAGAUGGUCAAUAGAAUUUAUAUUAUUCAACAAAAGUAAAUCAUUCUAACACUUGUUCACUUUAGACAAGUUCCGUCUUAUAUGUAUAGACACUUGUAAGUUGAUAUUAAAAUUU